AUGGUGGGAAAGAAGUCUGGCAGGGCCCAAUUGAGGGAGGAAGGCCUCGAGCGAACAGACAACAAUAUGGACCUUACAACGUGGCCCCAGGUCGGCAUGAUCAACCAGAAAAACUACUACACCGAAUUCCUGAAGCGCGACGAGCAGUUCCUGGCCGUUCGAUAUCCGAAGGAUGAAGAAAGGGCACGCAUAGUACAAGAGGCUCGAGAUAAAGAUCGCGCGCGCGCCCUGGGAGCACCGACAGUCGCGGAAGGCACAACCCCUCAGGUCGAUGAGGGCGUGGAUGAGGCAGAGAUGUCAUUUGCAUCUAGGACGGAUAUCUCGAAACUCAUUGUAAUACACCCGGGCAGCCAGAACUUGAGGAUAGGGCUGGGAUCAGACGCCUUGCCCAAGACAGUCCCCAUGGUCAUUGCGCGUAGGUGGAAGGAGAGCGAGUGUGAAGAAGAUGGUGGAGAGCCUAGCCCCAAACGAAUGAAGGUCGAAGGUGCAGUGCCAGCAGACGCUCUCCCUGAGAAAUGGUUCGGAGAAGACUUCGCCGAUCAAUAUAUGGCCAUGUCCUCUGAGUUACGGACACGAAUGCGCUCCAACAAGCGACGUGUAUUGCCGAACUCUAAAGACCUUGUGACAAAUUACAAUCGACGUACACCCCCAGACAUCAUUUCAGAGCACAACGAUAUCAACCGCAUCGAUUUCACAGAGUUGCCAAAAGACCCCAACAAGGCACCCCACUUCUUCACUGGACACGACGCGUUGCGCAUACCCGAGAAGUCAAAACCUCGAUACAAGCUUUUCUGGCCAAUCCGAAAUGGCUGUUUGAACGAGAAAGAUUACGACGACCGCAACCAAAUAUAUCACGAUAUGUCCAAGAUCUUGGAAGAAUCCUUCAGGAAACAACUUGGAAUCACGAGAAUGAAUAGUCUUGUGAACUACAAGUGUGUCCUCAUCAUACCAGAUCUGUAUGAACGCAAUUACGUUACCAUGAUCCUCGACAUCCUGAUACGAGAUCUGGGCAUUGGCAAGGUCUGUCUGCAGCAAGAGAGUCUGUCGGCCACGUAUGGUGCUGGAUAUGGUGUUGCCUGCGUCGUUGAUAUUGGCGCCCAGAAGACAUCGAUUUGCUGCGUCGAUGAGGGCAUGUGUGUCGAGGAGUCGCGAGUUAACCUGAAGAUGGGCGGAUCGGACAUAACCGAGACGUUUGUGAAAAUGAUGCUCUACGGUCACUUUCCGUAUGCAGAAAUGAACUUGAAGCGUAGAUACGACUUUCUGCUCGCAGAAGAGCUGAAACAGAAGUUCUGCUCGAUGGACGAGGGCUCGGUGACGGUGCAGACGUGGGACUUCCACCUUCGAGCUUCUGGUCAGGAUACGCGCAAGUACACAUUCAAGACGUACGAUGAGACGAUGCUCUCAGUCAUGGGCCUGUUCAAGCCUUCGAUAUUCGACAACUCGCGCAAGCUAGAAAAGAGACGAAGCAUCGUACCUCGCUCAGUGGACCUCUACGACGGAUCGCCAAACGACCCCAUCACGCACGCCCAACUCGCGGUUCUCGAGGCCGCGUCCGGCAAACCCGCCCUGGCUGCCGUCAACGGUACCCAAGAACUAAGCAGUAGCGUGAACGUGCUCUCCACGCCUCAACGCCCCCAGCAAUUCAGCCUACUCGGCCGCCUGAACGACAACGAAGCCACGCCCCGCUCCUCAGUCGCAGGCUCCCCCGCCCCCGACGGCACCGGAAUCGGCACGCCCAACCCCGACCGCGACACCCCCAUGGGCGACGCAGACGCCCCGCUCAUCUUCCGCGACCCCGUGCUCGAGAAGAUCAAAAUCGCAGAUGAGCGCGACAAGAUCCUGCCCGUCAUCCCGCUCGACAACGCUAUCCUUGAGUCCCUCGCCCAGGGCGCUCGCGGCGACGACCGUAAGCUGCGCGACUUCUUCGGCGGUAUUAUGCUCGUUGGCGGCGCGUCUAAGACGCCUGGGCUCCGCGAGUUCCUGGAAGCGAGGCUUCGGGAACAGAGGCCGUUUUAUGGUAAGGAGAUUUUGGUGGGCCCCCCGCCGAGAGACUUUGAUCCGCAGGUUGUGGCUUGGAAGGGGGGGAGCGUGUUUGGGCGGCUGAGUGGGCAUGGGAAUGAUAGCUGGAUUAGCAAGUAUGAGUAUGAUAUCCUCGGGGGGAGGCUGUUGAACAACAAGUGUACGUUUGCGUGGUAG